AUGCAUCGAGAAAAUCGAGGAGGUAGAAGCUUGAAAGUAGAUGAUCAUGAAGUUAUCCCUGCCGAAGCCACUGAUCUCAAAUAUGUCGACUCCUUGAUUGCAAAGCGGAUGUCAUCCAUCUCUGCAGUGGACAGAGAAAAGACAUACCUGGAUGUGCAUGGAAUUUCAAGUGAUGAGAAUAAAGAGACGCCUGAACUUGUACAUAAAAGUUUGCUCCAAGUGCAAUACGAAAUCGGAAGGCUGACGGAAAAAGAAGCUUACGAUCUUGCGGUAUCAAUGGACAGGACCUAUGUCUGCAAUCCUGAUUUUGUGUUGGCAUUCCUACGUGCCGAUGUGUUCGAUGCCAAACGAGCAGCGGCUCGUCUAGCUCGGCACUUUCAAUUGAAACUGAAGCUGUUUGGGAAAGAUAGGCUAGUGGUGGAUAUUACCCAAGAUGAUUUGGACAAGGAUGAUAUGGAAGCAUUGUAUAGUGGAUAUGGGAGGUUCCUUCCGAACAAAGAUCGUGCGGGAAGGACAAUUAACUUUGUGCUGGCUGGAAAAAAGUCUACGACGAUUUCUAUGCUACGUCGUGCUUUUUACAACUCAAUGGUUGAGCUACAGGAUCCUGAUUUUCAGAAAAAAGGAUACGUGCUGGUUGCAUAUUCAUUUAACAAUGGAAGAGGGAUCGGAGGUCAGGCUGAUGGCAACUACAAAUUCCCAAAGCUCACAGAAUCCCUUCCAAUCAGAGUGAGCGCACUUCACGUUUGCCACGACGGCACGUUGAAGCGAGAGAAUAUUUCGAUGGUGAAGGCAGGUUUAAAUUCUCAGGCGCAGCUCAGGACACGAGACCACUAUGGCACGCAUGAGGAAGUCAUGUCAAUCCUUCAGGGGCAUGGUAUUGAGCGAGGCAUCAUUCCAAUUGCUGAAGGAGGAGAAAUUACAGACCUUGGUGCUCACAGACAAAGACUGUUGGCACAGCGUAGUGCAGAAAGGUGGGCGAAACCGAGAAGAAGGAUCGUUCACGUUCCAGGAGAACACGAUGUUCUCUUUGGCAAAGGAUCUCCAAUUCAGAAUCAUGCUGGCAAUAGAGCAUUGCGAUCGCUAGUAUUGGAGUAUCAUGAGAGAUAUUUUAGAGCGGAGAAAGGACAGAAAAUCAAAAUCGCACAAGAAAUUGUGGAUAUUAUUAUCACUCAAAAUUCUGGAGUGUUUUUGCGGGAAGAUGAUGGUGUAUGGGUCACUGUUGAAAACAGUGUUGCAAGAACCAAAGUGAGCGCUGCAUUUCGCACGCUGCGGAUGGACCAAAAGCGACGGACUGCUAAACCCAGCGUAAAGGUUGGGUAUAGUGCAUAUCAGUUAUACUAA